AUGUGGCGCGAUAGAACGAAUCUCUACAUUUCCUACCGGCAAUCCUACGCACAUCACCCAGCGAAAAAGCCGAAAUACUCUUCAUCAACCGGCAAUGGCUACUCAGACUCUUUCGCCUCAGGCUCGUCUGAGCGGCAGGGGCUUAUGUCCGCAGGCGCAUUCGAGGACGACGGCGAUGCAGUAAUAGAAAUGGAUCUUCUACCCCCUCGAUGGGCAGACGUAUCAGACGAAGUCACGGAGCUGUUGACGGAUAUUUCGGGGAAAAGUGUGAAGCUGGAGAAGUUACAUCAGAAGCAUGUUCUGCCAGGAUUCGAUGACGAGGAAGUCAAGAAGACUGAGGAAGGGGAAAUCGAGAAGUUGACGCAAGAUAUCACACGGGGAUUCCACGAAUGUCAGAAAGCGAUUCAGAAAGUGGAGCAGAUGGUCCGGGAGAGCAAGCAGCAGGGUGGGAUAAGUAAAGGGGAGGAGACGAUGGCGAGGAAUAUCCAGAUCUCCUUGGCUGGGAGAGUACAAGAGGCCAGCGCAGGAUUCAGGAAAAAGCAGAGUGCAUAUUUGAAAAAAUUACGAGGUCUCAGUGGGAUGGCUGUCCCAAUCGAUCGGGCGUCCACCCCUCUAUACAGCAAUUACACCGACCCCUCCCUAAUGGAGUCAGACGCCGACAAAUCCUAUUCGCAAUCGACGCUCCAACAAACCUCCCAAAAACAACUCACCUCCAACGAUGCCGCCAUAAUGCAACGCGAACGGGAAAUUACAGAUAUAGCACAAGGCAUCAUCGAGCUGGCUGAUAUCUUCAAAGAGCUGCAGACUAUGAUUAUCGACCAAGGGACGAUGCUAGAUAGAAUCGAUUAUAAUGUUGAGAGGAUGGCAGUCGAUGUCAAGGCUGCAGAUAAAGAGCUGAAGGUUGCGAGUGGGUAUCAGAAGAAGGGGACCAAGAGAAGGAUCAUCUUCUUGCUGAUACUGCUCGUGGUGGGGAUGGUAAUUUUGUUGAUUGUCAAGCCGAAACGGCAUAGAGGGGCGGAUGAGAAUGUAAUACCACCUUGA